AUGAAAAGAUCCGGGCCAGAGACAACGGUCAAGGAAACAGAAGUGGAUCAAGAUCACUUUAAGGUGAUUCGUUUCUACAGAGAAAAAAUGAACCAACAGCCUUUACACAGUGCACUCAGAAGCUUUAAUAUACAAGAUGGUGUACGUAUGUCUGGAGUUUACGAGAUUCAUAGAAAUAACGAGGUAAGCGUUAGGAUCUUUGUAGAUUAUGGGCUUUUCGGCAACGACUACCUACAUGGAGAGAUUUCGAGAGAUUGCACGCGAGUUUUACAAAAAAAGCAAACUGUUAGGUUCAGAUUAGUUUGUAUUUCAAUAAUAAUACCUUACUGAGAAAAAGCCAGCUCCGGAGUAAGGCAGAAAAGGAAAAUGUCUGAGAUCCCUCCAUCUCGAUGUUAUAUGUUAUAUUGUUUCCUGUGAUCGACUUGGCAUCGGAGUUUUCAAAGCCGUCAUGUCUAGCCGGCUUUGGUUCGUCUCCUUCGCAGCUGUUGUGUGGUGUCAUCAAGCAAAAUGCUCUUGUUUGGUCCCGUCACGUUGCGAGGGCAUGUGUUGCGUGACGUUACCAAAUAGCAGUUGCAAAGAAGACACAGCUUUAGCUAGCCCCGUAGAAAGUUUUCAUAACGCAGUUGUCUUAUGAUAUCAUAACGCAAUUUUCACAGAUCAUCUACAUCGGAGGGAACCCUUAUUUUAGCAACAUCCGGGACUGUCUAAAUGCUCAUUUUAGCGGAAAUGAUGGACUUCCUAUCGGUCGAUAUCUUAGCGGCCCUGGAAAGCGACGCUGGAGGAACAUUGCUGUGCGAUGGUUGACUUGUCUGAACCCCCCUGAAAUAGUGUACUUCUUGUUAGAGGAUUAUCAACUGAGGAAUGGCGCGUUACCAAUUUAUAACAACGCUCCUAAUGUUCAGUCAAGAGAUUGGGAUUGUGACUGA